AUGUCCAUUCAGCCAUCUCUGCAGCGCGGUUUGACAAAGAUGAGUAGUAUAUUUCUCGUCGCUGCGGUCCUCGUGGUCUCUGUUCUUGGCCACAGUACAGGCAUGCCCAUAGCUUCACCAGGCUGGGAUGACCAGGAUUUCUUCAGAUACUGCCCGCCGUCACGGUGCAGCAAAGAUGGUCCUGAGGUCCGGUUCCCGCUCCAGCUUGAAACCAGCAGCUCAUCUUCACCAUGUGGUGCGACAUGCGCGAAGCUGGCUUGCUCCGGCCAAGACGUCAUCCUACUCCACCCACUCCUUGGCCCGUGCAAAGUGACCGCUAUAGAUUACAGCCGUGCUACCCUCAUCAUCAUCCCACUCGUACACUCCUUGUCUCCAUGCCCUCUUCAGAAACUCAUUUCCACAAAUCUACCAGAUGAUGCCUACCUUCGUUGUCCAUUAUACCAGGCCACACCUGGAAAAAUAGUACAAUGUUCAAGAGAGCUCACACCAAGUAGCACUACUCAAGUUGACGAUGACUACAUUAUUAAAAAGGCUGCCGAUUAUAUUGUUGGCCCAAUCUCUUGCUUUAGCAACCAAAGCCAGUUUGUCUAUUUGGUGAUUGCUCGUCUAUACAUGUACGCGCUUCCACUGGACUGCAAGGCCAUCUCAAAUGUUCUGAUACCGAUGGGGCUCACAGACACAUAUGGCUCGACGUUCAAGCAAAUGUCAGAAAGAAUAAUUAGUUUUUCUGAAAUAACUGUUAGUUGGGGUGACAAUGGCAUUCCUGACAAUUGCACGAAAUGUGAGCGUGAUGGGCAGAGUUGUGCAUUCAGCUCGCAAAGGAAUCAAACAUUCUGCAUAGACCAUAGGCCUCAUGGUUUGCAUGUCAAAGUCAUUGCAGCUACUUCGUCAGCAGCCGCAUUUGUUGUUCUUUUGUUGACGGUGGCUACUGUACUCUACCACUCGCUGAAGACAAGAUAUAACAAAGAGAUACAUUUGAAGGUCGAAAUGUUUCUCAAGACAUAUGGCACAUCAAAACCCACAAGGUACACUUUCUCUGAAGUUAAGAAGAUAACAAGACGGUUCAAGGAUAAAGUAGGACAUGGUGGAUUUGGAAGUGUGUACAGAGGCGAACUACCAAAUGGACUUCCGGUGGCAGUCAAGAUGCUAGAGAACUCUACAGGAGAGGGACAAGAAUUUAUCAAUGAAAUUGCAACCAUCGGACUGAUCCACCAUGCAAAUAUUGUCCGCCUCCUGGGAUUUUUCUCCGAAGGAACGAGGCGAGCUGUUAUUUAUGAGUACAUGCCUAAUGAAUCACUAGAGAAACACAUAUUCUCGCAUGACUCGAAUAUUUCUCGACGACUCCUAGUGCCUGAAAAAAUGCUAGAGAUUGCUUUAGGUGUCGCUAGGGGGAUGGAGUACUUACAUCAAGGAUGCAACCAGCGCAUUCUCCACUUUGACAUCAAGCCACACAACAUCUUGCUGGACUACAACUUCAAUCCAAAGAUUUCAGACUUUGGCCUUGCAAAGCUGUGUGCGAGAGACCAAAGCAUUAUUACCUUAACUGCAGCAAGAGGCACAAUGGGCUACAUUGCACCGGAGCUAUAUUCUCCAAACUUUGGGGGAAUAUCCUACAAGUCCGAUGUGUACAGUUUCGGCAUGCUGGUGCUUGAAAUGGUGAGUGGAAGGAGGAAUUCAGACCCAAGUGUUGAGAGCCAACACGAGGUAUAUCUCCCGGAGUGGGUCUACGAGAAAGUCACCACUGAAGAAGAAUUGGGGGUUACUUUGGAAACGACACAAGAAGAGAAAGAAAACAUAAGAAAGCUGAUUAUUGUGGCACUGUGGUGUAUCCAGUGGAACCCGAAGAAUCGACCAUCGAUGACGAAGGUGGUAAACAUGUUAACGGGGAGGUUGCAGAAUCUGCAGAUUCCCCCUAAGCCCUUUGUCUCGUCUGAAAAUCAUCCCGUGCUAUAA